GAGGCGGACGAGCUCGUGCGGAAGAACCAGGAGCAGAACGUCUCGGACGCGAUGGCGGCGCUCCCCGCGCUCGCCACCGGGCUCGACGUCAACGUCGGAUUCCGUCACCCGCUGGACUUUGAGUUCACGCCGCAACUCGCGAUAUUCGACCUGCUCGACGUGACGCUGUGCCACGCGUGGGUGAUAGAUCCGGACGACGCGCAGGCGAGGGCGGCGGUGGGGGGGAGGAGCUACAAUCAGCUCAUGGAGCGGAUGAUCGAGCUCAUCACGGCGGCGACGACGAGCGGCCGGUCGGACGCCUCGGCGAUGGACGCGACGACGGAGCGGCUCGUGAUCGAAGAUUUCCUCGCGCGUUCCGCGUCGCAGCUCACCCCGCACGGCUUGCGCGCGGCUCGCGAUCGCGUGAAAGAGAACGAGCUCGUUGUGUUCUUCCGGAACAACCACUUCAGCACGGUGUUCAAGAAGGACGGCGCGCUGUACCUGCUCGUGACGGACCAAGGGUACCUCAACGAGAGCGACGUGGUGUGGGAGGCGUUGGCGCCUGCGGAC